UUUUUCAUAUGGAAUAAAAGUGAACUUACAUUAUUUAAUAGCCGUCAUCCACUUUAAAUAUUAUCCUCCUCCUCCUUGUGCGUCCAAUUCAUCCAGAUUCAACAAGAACUAAUGGGCAUGGCAGAUGCAAAACAAAGAUAUGCUGUUGUCACAGGUGCAAACAAAGGGAUAGGAUUGGAGACAGUGAAAGGGUUGGCCUCAAAUGGAAUCAAGGUGGUGCUCACAGCCAGGGAUGUGAAGAGGGGUUACCAAGCUGUUGAGGAAUUGAAGAGAGAAUUUGGUUUCUCUGACCUUGUGGUGUUUCACCAGCUUGAUGUCACUGACCCUUCUAGUGUUGCUUCUUUGGUUGAGUUUGUUAAGAUCAAGUUUGGGAGACUUGAUAUCUUGGUGAACAAUGCAGGAAUAAGUGGAUUCAAUACAGAUGGCAUGGUGCCAUCCAAAAUUAAUUGGAAGGAGUUACCUCAAACUUAUGAGAUGGCAGAAAAAUGCCUAACAACAAACUACUAUGGUGCUAAGGAAACAACUGAGGCAUUUAUUCCCCUUCUUCAGUUAUCCAAUUUACCCAUGAUUGUUAAUGUUUCCUCUGAAGCAGGAUUAUUAAAGUACAUAUCAAAUGAAUGGGCUAGGAGUGUGUUAGAUGACACUGAAAAUCUCACUGAAGAGCUAAUAGAUGAGGUGUUAAAGGAGUAUAUGAAAGACUUAGAUGAUGGUUUACUAGAGAAAAAAGGGUGGCCAACCUAUUUGUCUGCAUAUAUGGUCUCAAAAGCAGCCAUGAAUUCAUACACAAGGCUUCUGGCUUAUAGGCACCAAAAAUUGUGCAUCAAUUGUGUAUGUCCUGGUUCUGUUAAAACAGACAUUAACAGAAACACUGGCAUCUUAUCUGUUGAAAAUGGUGCUGCUAGUGUUGUGAGAUUAGCACUCUUGCCUAAUGGUUCCCCUUCUGGCCACUUCUUUACUCGGCAAGAAGUGUCCAGCUUUUGAACGAUUUUUAGGCUCUGGUUGGAUGAAGUUUUUCAUAAGUACUUACAGGAUAAGAAAAUAAGAAAGGAAAAAAAAUUAAAUUAGCUUCUUUUAUAAGCUAAAGUUAACUUACAUAAGUUAAUCUGUAAAAAAUUUCUUGUAUCAACUUCUCUAAAUGUUGAUUUUAACUUGUGUAUAACUCAAUUUUGGCUUAUAAAAGAAACGUAUUUCAUUUUUCUUUCUCAUUUUUUUCUUGUAUGAGUUUUAUAAAGAAGUUUAUCCAACCAGAAUUAAACCUGUGUCUUACAAUCUUGCAAAUCACAUGAGGAAAAAUGAUAGGAGGUGUGGUGUGUCUUGGAUGAAAUUGUUACCCUUCUAGUCUUUUUUGUCACAUUAUGGCAUGUGGGGAAAUGCAUCUAAGUUACUUGGCUAUUUUAACUUCUCACAUUGUUGGCGCUUCAAAUGGUCAAAUUCCAAAUUGCAAUGGUUUUUUGUACCAUCAUAUAUACCACGGCAUGAACCUUUCGGCUGUGAAGAAAUUGUCAACAUUAGGUCAUUACAAUGUUGGGCCUUGUCAAUUUGUCAUCUUAUUCAUGAAGAGUUCUAUUUGACUUCAAACUUUAAACACACGUGCAAUGGUAAAGCACUGUUGAUAGUGAAACAGCAAUGAUGGGUGUCAAGAAUUCCUGAUACGACAAAAGAAAACACAACAAUUGUAGCAGGACAUACCAUUAUUUAUGUAGGCUUUACCAAAUUUACUAUUUGUGUCACUCUCUUGUAACAUAAUUAAUAUUAUUGUUAUGAUAAUAUAACUUAUUAAUGUGAAAGGAUCCUUACAUUAAAAA